ACUAUUAGCUAACCAAAACUAAAACUAUAAAGGUCCACAGCAGCUUACCACCUCUUCCACACAACAGCCCUUUUGUCGGUUUCUUGUAUUGUGUGGUUAAGCUACAACUUCAGGGAUUAAAUGGGAGCACAUGAUGAUUCAACCCCGUGAUUUGUCAGAGAGCUGGCUCAUUGACUCAGACAUUUCCUCCGAUUUUCUUUUCCCUUUUCUUCUUUCUCUUUUCACCAUACCCCACUCGGCUCUGUCACUCCGCAGUCCGUGAUGGCCUCCCCGCGGCUGGAGACUUUCUGCUGCCCGAACCGAGACGCAGCCACGGAAUUUGUGGUCACCUUCCAACCGGUCCUGUUUGGCGCUCUGAGUCUGGGAAGCGCCUGUCUGAGCUUCAUUUUUGCUGUUUUACAAGUUCUGCCAAAGCGCAAAGGGUACAGGAGGCUCGGACAGUAUCCUCUGCCAAGGCCCGCGUCCUCGUCGCGGAUAUUGUUCAUCAUCAGUAUAUGUGACAUCCUGGGAUGCGCAGGUAUCAUCUUCAGAUCAUCUGUGUGGCUGGGUCUGCCAAGCAUCAUAGACGGCAUCUCAGUGGCCAACAACACAGACGUGUUGCCCGAGGUCUUCUGCAUUGGCAGUGCAAUGUGGAUCCAGUUGUUUUACAGCGCCUCUUUUUGGUGGACCUUUUGUUAUGCUGUCGACGUCUUCCUGGUGGUGAAAACCUCUGCAGGGAUCAGCACCAUUGUCCUCUACCACAUGAUUACAUGGGGUCUGGCUGUGCUGCUGUGUGUUGAAGGAGUGGCCAUGCUCUACUAUCCAUCCAUUUCUGAUUGUGAGCAAGGCCUCCAGCACGCUAUUCCUCACUACGUCACCACAUACGCACCGAUGCUGCUCGUCCUUGUAGCUAAUCCUGCCUUCUUCAGUCGGACCAUAUCUGCAGUGACAUCUUUACUGAAAGGACGACAGGGAAUCUAUACAGAAAAUGAGAGACGGCUGGCCAAUGAGAUAAAAAUACGCUUCUUUAAAAUAAUGUUGGUUUUCUUUCUUUGCUGGGCCCCAAACCUCAUCAAUGACAGCCUCCUCUUCUACUUGGAGAUGCAAACAGACAUCAAUGACAGCAGUUUUAGGGAUAUCAGGAACGCAGCGCUCACCACAUGGUUUAUCAUGGGCAUCCUGAACCCCAUGCAGGCUUUUCUCAACACGCUGGCCUUUCAUGGCUGGACGGGCUUGGAUGUUGACCUCAGCCUGCAGCGGAGCAGGGAGCUGCCCUGGGACUCAGGUUCUACCUCAGUUCCUAACACAGCUGGCCAAAACCCAGUGGUGGGAACAACUCUCCUCUACCAGAGUCAUGUUCAGGAAGCCCAGAAAAGCAUGAUGGGAAAUGGACAGCAUCACUCUGAUGCCAUCAGUGUCCUCUCAGAAGGUUCAGAGUCUAGUACAGUUGAAAUCCACAUUUCCAGCGAGCUACGAGAGUAUGAGGAUGUAGACGCUGACGGAGAGUCCUUGGAAAACUCCGUGAGAAACUAGCUGGGCUCCUCAACAAUCCACCCACCUCCACUUCGCUGCAUUACAUUCUUCUUCUACUUGCUUUUUGUUAGCUUUUUUAUUUUUGUUGAGAUUUUCACUGGCCUUUCUUUUGUGCAAGUCAUUUCAGAUUAUCUAUAGUACCCUGAAGCUGUACGUUACAUCUGAACAGUACCUGACUUAGUUAUUUGCUUUACAUUUACACAACAUACAAAACAUUAUGUCAUCUACGUAGAUGGACCUUUUUGUGUUUUUAAGAAACAUUUCCUCUGGCAUAUUCACUCAAUUAGAUGCACUCAUUUUUUAAAUGCACCCUUGUUUUUAAGCUGUCAAGUUACUACAGAUGCAAUAAGCUAAUAAGUGCAUUUUUGUAAACAAAUGUAUUUCUAACUGUCCAUCUUGUAUUUUUGCA